AUGUUUCACAGCAAUUCAUCACGAAAGGAGAGUCGGUACCUGAGAGUAGCAGUCAUGGGAGGCCCAAGAUGUGGCAAGACAUCAAUUCUGAACCAGUACAUUCAUCACAUCUUUGCUGACCGGCACCAGAUUACUAAAGGGGAGGUCCAUUCAAAGAAGUUACAAGUAAGAGGGGAACACAUCCAGCUGCAAAUCUGGGACGCUCCAGAUGAUUUUAAUGCAUCAAACCAACAUGCGAUCCUCAACUCUGAUGCAUUCCUCUUGGUGUAUGCCAUGGAUGACGCUCUUUCCUUUGAAAGAGUCAUGGCUCUGCAAGACAACAUUAUCUCCACAAGAGGACCUGUUACGAUUGUGCUAGCCGGAACAAAAGCUGAUCUCACAUCAGAUCAGUGGUUCGAAAACCAGAAAUAUUUAUGGGACUUUGUGAGUGUAGAUUUUGGUUACUCUCAUCAUGAAAUCUCCUCCAAAACCGGGAGAGGGAUCUCCGAAGUGUUUGCAGAUAUCGUUAAGCAAUGGCGAAAAGCAGAAAAGAGGCCAAAGAAGAUGAAACUUCCAAAAUGUCUGCGCAAAUUCAGUCGAUUAUAA